GGAGCGGGCGCGCAGCGGGAGCGGAGCGGGAUGGCGGGCGCGCUCACCGACGUGCUGGGAGAGGUGCUGGUGGCCGCCGACGGCGAGGAGGUUGCCGUGUCGGCGCUGGCCGCCCGCGGGGUCUCCCUGGUGGGGCUCUACUUCGGCUGCAGCCUCGGCGGCCCCUGCGCGCAGCUCGGCGCCAGCCUGGCCGCCUUCUACGGGCGCUUCAGGGGGGAGGCGGCGGCGGCCGGCGGGCAGCGCCUCGAGAUCGUCUUCGUGUCGGCGGAGCAGGAGCAGCAGCAGUGGCAGGAGGCGGUGCGGGCCAUGCCCUGGCUGGCGCUGCCCUUCGCCGACAAGCACCGCAAGCUGAAGCUGUGGAACAAGUACAGAGUGUCCAACAUUCCUUCCCUAAUAUUUAUCGAUGCCUCCACUGGGAAGGUGGUUUGCAGGAACGGCCUCCUGGUCAUCCGAGAUGACCCUGAAGGUCUGGAGUUCCCUUGGGGGCCAAAACCCUUCAGUGAAGUUGUUGCUGGGCCUCUGCUAAGGAACAAUGGGCAGACACUGGACAGCAGUGCCUUGGAGGGCUCUCACGUCGGGGUCUAUUUCUCUGCGCACUGGUGCCCGCCGUGCCGAAGCCUCACGAGGGUGCUGGUGGAGUCCUACAGGAAAAUCAAGGAGGCAGGCCAGAAGUUUGAGAUCCUCUUCGUUAGUGCAGACAGGUCAGAGGACUCCUUCAAGCAGUACUUCAGUGAGAUGCCCUGGGUGGCCGUGCCCUACGCCGACGAGGCCAGACGGUCACGCCUGAACCGACUCUACGGCAUCCAAGGCAUCCCGACGCUCAUCGUCCUGGACCCCAAGGGAGACGUGAUCACGCGGCAGGGCCGGGUGGAGGUGCUGAACGACAUCGAGUGCCGCGAGUUCCCCUGGCACCCCAAGCCCGUGCUGGAGCUGACGGACUCCAACGCCGUGCAGCUGAAUGAGGGCCCCUGCCUCGUUCUCUUUGUAGAUUCAGAGGAUGACGGGGAGUCGGAGGCGGCGAAACAACUGAUUCAGCCCAUAGCUGAAAAAAUCAUAGCCAAGUACAAAGCCAAAGAGGAGGAGGCACCGUUGCUCUUCUUCGUGGCGGGUGAGGACGACAUGACCGACUCCCUGCGGGAUUACACCAACCUGCCCGAGGCUGCACCCCUGCUCACCAUCCUGGACAUGUCGGCCCGGGCCAAGUCUCUCUUCCGCCGCUUGUGGAUUCUCCAGCGUGUCCUCACGCCCGACCCAGUAUCCAACCUUCUUGUGGUGCCUUGUUUUACGCAGUGAAUCCUCCUCCUAAGCAAACUCCAUGAGAUGCACUUUCAGCAGGGAGUUGUUGGCGUUUGGAGACUUCGCUUGUGCUUCAUGGUGAUAUAAUCUCUAAUAACCAGGCCAGAACUGUUACCGUAUCGUUAUUUUAUACGUGGCACUAGCUAGCAGGCAAAUCUUUUUGCAUGGUGUUCUUCCCAACGUAUGCAUCAGGCAGUGGGUGGGGUUCUUGGGGCUCUUUUCUUUCUCCUCCCCCCCCUUCUUUCCUUUCUCACCACCUCUGCUGACUAAAUGACUUCCAGGAAGCAAUAAGGAAACUGUCCCCAUCACCCCUGGCCAGUUCUUUCUCUCCCACGAAAGUGCCCUGACAAGGCCAAGACAAAGUCUUAACUGCUGACAACCUCUGAAAGACCACGGCACAGCCAAGCUCUUCCUCCUGGGGGUGACACCUUCCCUUGUGGGUUUCCCACCCCCCACUCCAAGCACCGACAGCCUUAGGCAGCGCUGGCUGUUGUGUCAGGGUCCAUCCCCCUGCCAUGGGUGGGUAUUCCCUCUGUUCCUCCCACUCUGAGCCAGGAGGAGGAUCACCACCGGGCUGCCCUCACCUCUUGUCUCUCUUCUUUGUGCUCUCCCUGUCCCCUCUCGUCCUUCUCUCUGGUAUGAAUUGUCCUCUCCCCUCUGUGUUAGUUGAUUGAGCUGUUUUUUGUAAGUGUGUCCCAAACUCAACGUUAAUGGUGCUGUUCUUUAAAAAAAAUAACCAAAAAAAGACCCAACAAACCCUCCCAAACCCUAAGAAAAAAACCCUCCCUCCCUAACCCAAGCAGCACAGCCGAGCCCUUGAAAAGUGACAUUGUAAAAACUGUACAUGGUGAUUGGAACUUUGUAAUAAAACUGUUACAAUGACCUCGA